AUGACUACCUAUUACUGCUAUGGAGAAGACGGCAAAGUCACUGCUACCAAUCUGAAUCCAAAUGCUCCAGCAUUCACACGUGGCCUCCAAGGAACCACCUCAGACCAGCAACAUGGAGACAUUGUUGGAGCCUAUCUCGCACACCGUGCAAUGGUUUACCCCGCACCAAAUCCAGGAGAAACAAAUCAGUAUGGGAGCACCCCAUAUCAGCCAUGGGGCCAGCCACUCGAGAACAGCACUACAUCAGAACCCAUGGAGCCAAGCCACUGGUCCAGCGACGAAUAUGAGUCAUCUAGCUAUCCAACUAGUUCACAAGCUGAGUCUAUCAGUACUCUGGGCUAUGCUGGAUGGGCUUCCCACUCAGGUAUAGCUCAUCCCUACCCAAAUCCGGAAGACAUUCGUCAUAUGCACACAUUGCACAGCCUAUUGCCAUAUCUGCAACCGGAGAGAAAGUUGAACGCCCUACACGGGCCGGCAGUCGAUAUCAUUGAGCAGGAUACUGGAGUUGUGCUUGCCUACCAAGUUCCCAAGAAGCUGCUGGUUUUAUUUCUUGGCCGGAGGGUUGUCAAUAAGUACAUCCGAACGGUACAGCGCCAAGAUGGCAAGAGCUCGAGCGAACAGCCAACAUACCAGGAAAUGAACCUACCUCGUGGCAAAAGCAGCAAGGCCGCAAUGAGGGUGUUGAUUGCCUGGAUGGCAAGGGCUUGCCAGUAUCACACCAUGGCUACUAUGGAACAGAUUCGCAUUCCCAAGAAGACGUUUGUCGCAUGCUCAUUGGCUCAAACAAUGGAGCUUCUUGGCCUCCACAAGGAUGCUUUUCGAGUGAACAAUUUCAUCGCACAGACGCAUUUUGUCCGCCCAAUCUUUGCAGUCGAGCUGGAGGCCUUGUGGAACUGUCUUGGCGAAGAAAAUCGAUACGUCUACGCAGCUAUCCGGGUUGUCGGUAAUAGAUUGCAGACACAUGAAAACAAUGAUUCAAAAGCCGUUCCUGGUAUUGACGCUGACAUGUACGCUACGCUGAAGAGGUAUCCACAGCUGGAAGCCCGUGUGCGCGAUCCGGAGCUGAAUGAACGGUACCAUCCACACUUCAGCACGAACUGGACGAAAAGGUUGGGAGGCAGCGAACACAACAAGAGGAUGGGUAGUUCUCCGGGUAGUCAUGAGACAGUUCGCGACUACUGCCCAACUGAGGAUGACCACAAAAGCCAGAUACGGGAUGUCGAGGACGUGGCAAACAGUCUUGAAAGCUUAAAUAUCGUUCCUGUUGAUUCGAAGUCUCUGGCAGCCCAUGCAGAGAGCGACGUUAUGCCACAUGAUGGCAGUGAACCAACACAGUGGUAAUCAAGCAGCUGGUGCGGCUUUAGCCAUGUCUUUUUUCUCUUCAUCAAGUUUAUACGAGUUUUUUUAGGGGGGUUGUAUGAAAGCGUUUUGUUUAUCUAAAUGCAUCAUCAUGGG